AUGGCCCUGAGCCCCGAGUGUGCAAGUGAGAUCCCUGUGCUGGCUGUCACAGACAGUUCUGUGUCUGAACCACUUGAUGGCCCCAACGUGUCCUUCAAUGGCUCGUGGGCCAUCCCUACAGAACCCAGCUCUCUGGAGGACCUGGUGGCCACGGGUGCUAUCGGGGCGCUGCUGUCAGCCAUGGGCAUGGUGGGUGUGGUGGGCAAUGCCUACACGCUCGUGUUCAUGUGCCGCUGGCUGCGUGGCUCUGCCUCCAUGUACAUCUACGUGGUCAACCUGGCACUGGCCGAUCUGCUCUAUCUGCUCAGCAUUCCCUUCAUUGUGGCCACGUACAUCACCAAGAAGUGGCACUUUGGAGAUGUGGGCUGCCGGGUCCUCUUCAGCUUGGAUUUCCUAACCAUGCAUGCCAGCAUCUUCACGCUGACCGUCAUGAGCAGCGAGCGCUACGCAGCAGUACUGAGGCCGCUGGACACGGUGCAACGCUCCAAGGGCUACCGCAAGCUCCUGGUGCUGGGCACCUGGCUGCUGGCACUGCUGCUGACACUGCCUAUGAUGCUGGCCGUCCGGCUGGUCCACCGGGGCCCCAAGAGCCUCUGCCUGCCGGCCUGGGGCCAGCAUGCCCACCGCGCAUACCUGACGCUGCUCUUUGGGACCAGCAUCGUGGGGCCCGGCCUGGCCAUUGGGCUGCUCUAUGUGCGCCUGGCCCGGGCCUACUGGCGGUCGCAGCAGGCCUGCUUCAAGCAGACACGGCGGCUGCCCAACCCACGGGUGCUCUACCUUAUCCUCAGCAUUGUGCUGCUCUUCUGGGCCUGCUUCCUGCCCUUCUGGCUAUGGCAGCUGCUGGCCCAGUACCGUGAGGCCCUGCCACUCACGCCCCGGAUGGCACGCAUUGUCAACUACCUGACCACCUGCCUCACCUAUGGCAACAGCUGCGUCAACCCCUUCCUCUACACACUGCUCACCAAAAACUACCGUGAGCACCUACGCGGCCACCUGCGAUCGGUGGGCAGCAGUAGCCCUGGACCUGCAGGCGUCCACAGCUCCCGGCAGUGCCCAGUCCGCUUCCAAUGUGGCUUAGGUCACUCCCUGUCCUCCUGUAGCCAGCAGGCCACUGAGACCAUCACGCUGUCCCUGGUGGUCUCUGGGGGGCCUGCAUCAGAGGGCCCCAGGGCCCCAGUGUGA